AUGUUUUCUGACUUACCUAUUGCUUCCAUCAAUGGGACAAGGAGGCAGAAGCAGUACUCCAAGCAAAAGUCAGAGUUCCAGUCGAAAUUCCAGUCGGAAUCAACAUCAGGAAUUCAUGAACGCACUCUUAGCAGGCUUGAUCAUUUCGCGAUUGAGGGACAGAUGCAAUUUUCACGUCCAUGUUCCACGGCCGCCCAGAGAUUUCCUCUUCAAGACUUGGUCAAGUUCCCUUAA